AUUCAAAUUUCACGUGUGGUACCGUUACUUGAAAAGAAAAGCCACUGGACUACCAAUACAUUCAUAAGGUUAUUUCGUUGUCUUCAACAGAAGAGAUUUUGAUCCCUCGUGUCCUCAACUGACCACUCUUAACUCCGGACAAACCUCAUUCGACAGCUCAAUUCUCUUUAAACUCUAUGAGCGAACUACGACAAAGGCAUUUGGCGGAGUCUUCUGCACCUCCAAAUGAAUUGGACCAAACUCCAACAACUGAUUCCGUAGACUGGAAGAAGGAUAAGGAAGACACGCUAUCAUAUGGAAAAACACCGGAUGGUAAAGUAUUCCGAGUCCCUGUAACGCACGACAUGCUGACAGCUGUAUUGGAUCCCCAAUCCAGUAAAACAUUUUUUGAUCUGUUUACACUGGCUAUCAUGGGAUUUGAGAUUGGUCUGUUCUUCAUACUGCCUAGUGGAUUCCGUCGAUACUUUUACAUGGUUAUUUUCAUCUUUUGGCGUUUGUCUUAUAACUUGGGGCUUGGUAUUCUACUCAAGUACCAAAGCGAAGAACGUGGACUUGUCAACCUAGCCAAAAAAUACAAAGUCUUUGAUGCAAAGAAAAACCCCAAGAUCCAUGCUUGGUUGAAGCACCAGUUCACCAGAAAGAUGGGGAAAGAUUAUGAUUUUGAAACCGCUCCAAUUGAAUUCAACACAUGGCUUCUUUACAGACAGUUGGUUGAUAUCAUUCUUAUGAAUGAUUUCACAUCCUAUCUCUGCUUUGCUCUCUCAUGGUUCAAUGCUACUCCUAAAGUGACCUUCUUUCUGUCAGAUCCACUAAGAUGGAUUGGUGGCCUGUUCUUGGUAGCCUUCAACAUUUGGGUCAAGGUUGACGCACAGAGAGUCGUCAAGGAUUUUGCUUGGUAUUGGGGUGAUUUCUUCUUCCUGAUAGAGCAAUCCCUUACAUUCGAUGGUGUGUUUGAAAUGGCUCCUCACCCUAUGUACUCGGUUGGGUACAUUGGUUAUUAUGGUUUAUCUCUUAUGUGCGCUAGCUACACUGUCCUCUAUGUCAGCUUGUUUGCUCAUGCUGCUCAAUUUGCGUUUUUGAUUUUCGUUGAGACUCCUCAUAUUGAAAAGACAUACAACCCCCCACCUGUUCCCACUCGUCGUUCGUCUUCUCCUAGCGAGAGUUCAGUCUCCGACACCGUGACAGAGACAGAUGAUGUUCCACAACAUUUGGAUCAAGCUGCCAACCGUGACUUCUAUAACAACUACUUCCGUCGUGAUUUGAUUGUGUUCAAGAACUUUGAUAUCUUCAGAUCCACGGAUUUCGCCUCCAUUUUGGUCAUGUUUUACGCUGCUUACAUGCCUCUUUUCGCUAUGAGUGGUAAUUCGGGCAUUACAUUUGCGAUUGCUCAAGCUUUGCUAUGGCGCGUGUUCCAUUCGUACAUCCUGGGUGCCUUACUCCAUCGUCAGUCUACGGGCAAGUUCAUCACUCGUCAUUUCCUCAAGUGGGGCGGUACCGUUCAGGAUGCUUAUAAUAAUUGGAAAAGUAUCUACAACUUGUCUCUGUGCAUGACUUACAUUACCUUCUUUAUCGCCUGUUGGAAAAUGUAUACCUUGCCUGAAGAUUGGACGUAUGGUAUGACUCUUCUCCGUCAUACUCUGGGCUUCGUUUUCAUUGGUUUCCACAUUUGGACUUCUGUCUCAAUUUAUGAAGUGUUGGGUGACUUUGGAUGGUUCUAUGGUGAUUUCUUCUUUGACGAUAAGCCUAUCGGUCUUGUUUACUCUGGAAUUUAUCGCUACCUCAACAACCCUGAGAAGAUUAUGGGACAUGCUGCCUUCUGGGGUAUGACCUUGAUGGCCAACAGUUGGAUUAUUUUCAUCCUCGCUCUGUUCUCUCAGAUUUCCAACUUUUUGUUCCUCAAUUACGUUGAAGGUCCUCACAUGAGAAAGCUUUAUGGAGACCAGAUUCGAAAGGAAGCUGGGUUAACAAAGACUCUUCGAUCGGCUGCCGUUGCUUUGCCAAAGUCUAUCCCAGACGAAUUCCGCCAAGAAGUUACCAAGAUGCUAAGGGACAAAUCAGAAAUCAAAGCUGCUUUGAGCACCACUAAAAGUGUUGAACGUAUUGUCAAAGAAACUGUCGAAAAGGUUGAACGCGUAGUGGAAGAAACAGCUGGUGCAGUUGGUGACAUGGUGGAAGCCGCAAGACCUAAAUUACAAGAAAUGGUGGCUGAUACCAAGAUUUUACUUGAAAACUCUACCUCUAGGCUGUUGAUUCCCAAAAUAACCAACGACUUGGAUGCAUAUGAUCUGAGCAAGUAUUCUAUUGAAUUCCACACCAAUCAAGCUGACAACAUCAGUUUCACAUUUGGCGAAGCUAUCUCCUUGAUAUGGCACGCUCCUCCCAAUCAUGGUGCCAAGGAUUGGAUUGGUGUGUACAAGAUUACUGCUAACAAGAGCAAGCAUGUUACAACCAUCAGCUCCAAAGGACUUUGGACCUGGAUCACUCCUCAUUUGGCCGAAACUUUUGAUAAUGGCUCACCGAUUCAAUCUCCUCGACAUACUGAAGGCACUGUCACAUUUAGAGGUGAUAGUUUGCCUUGGGAAAUCGGAAGCUAUGAAUUCAGAUACCAUCAUGAUGGCAAGCAUAACGUAAUGGCUCGCAGUCGUCCAUUCGACAUUGUUGCACCGGCGGCAGAAGCUAACAGCUUCGAAGCGCUACAGGAAGAAAUACUGCACAUCGUGAAGCAUGCCCUAGGUGACAAUCCUGAUAUAAUCCCACGGGACAUCAACGAAGAGUAUGUCUCCAUGCCUGAUGACAGCGCAAAAAGAGUUGUGUACGCCAUCCGCAUGAUUUAUGGUGUAGACUUUGCUUGGGAGGUGGUCGGCUCAGACAGAUGUGUGGCCUCUCUUUCCAAGCGAGUCAACCAGGCUCUUCGUGCCCUCUCUCCAUUUUCUGAGAGAACCAAACGGUUGUCCAUAGCAAACAAGGUUAGCAGCACACUAGGCGGUUCGUCGCCGGAUCGAUGCUCGCCCGUGGCUCGUGUAGAUGAGAUGAACUAAAAGAAAGACGACACCGAU